AUGACAUGGGACUGGCGUAGGGUACCGGAAGACGCGGCAGAACUAGCAGAGCAAAACGAUCUAAUAAAUAUUGGCUCACUUGCUUCUCUUUCUCAAUUCGGUGAAACUUGGUCAUGGGUUCCAGAUCCGAAAGGUAAUUUCUCAGUUAAAUCUGUGAAAAAUCUUCUCCAUCGAUCUUCCCCACCUAUCGGCGAGUGUUGCUUUUCAUGGAACAAUUGGGUUCCGCGCAAAGUAAAUAUUUUCGGCUGGCGUAUGGCCCUUGAUCGUCUACCUACUCGGGUCGCUUUAGCACACUGCAAUAUCAGCAUGUCUUCAAUCUGUUGCCCGUUUUGUUGCGAUAAGGAUGAAUCUGCUUAUCAUCUCUUCGCGGAAUGUGCAGUAAGCUUCAUUGUAUGGCAGAUGGUAUCAAGCUGGAUUAAUAUUCCUCCCAUCUACGCUUUCACCAUUGAAGACCUCCUACGGGUACAUGAACAUAUCGCAGGCUCGGUAAUAGUAAAAAAACUUAUUCAAGCUAUUGUCCUUAUCUCUUGUUGGAGCUUAUGGAAAUCACGCAACGAUCUCAUUUUCUCCGGCACUCGAGUGGACAUCUCAAGACUCUUGGCAGAAAUCAAAUCAACUAGUUUCCUUUGGGUUAAACAUAGAGCAAAAAUGAAUUUGUUAGAUUGGGCAGAUUGGUGUAGCUUCAAUAUUUUGUAA